UUGUUGAUAUUCGCUGGCUGUGAGAGGGGGGACUAUCGUCUAUGCCGCUUGCACUAACAUUAUGAUGCAUGACUUUUCCUUGGACAUCGAGACCGUAAUUGCCAUAGAAAUGAAAUGUAACAAGAGUAAGAAAAUUGAAGUUGGAUUUCGUGUAGGCAGAACGAUAGUGACGAGUGAGUUGUAUUUUAAGUACAAAGGAGGUAGCAAUCCGUGAUAGGGAGUGAACAAGAGCGGAAUACGAACUGUGACAUUGAGGGUGAAGAAUGGAGAUGCACGGUUUCCAUCGUAAAAUACACAUUAGCAAGCGUACCAUUUCAGUAAACGACAUCAGCAAAGAGAACUGAUGAACAUCGCGCGCUUACGACUUAUGGCCUUGUCAUCUAAUGAUAAGAUAUGUAGGUGAACGCGUGAGAUACGACCCGUUUCCUCCAUCAUUGGUGACACGAGUUAACGUAUGGCAACAGAAAAAGAAAUUUACGAAAAAUGAAAUCUUACUUUAUUGGUGUCGACGUGGGAACUGGAAGUGUCAGGGCUGCUCUAGUAACAAGAAAUGGUGAACUAUUGCACACUUCGUCCAAAGACACGAAAACAUGGAGCCCGAAAGUAGGUUAUUUUGAACAGUCUACAGAUGACAUAUGGAAAGCAGUUUGUUCUGUGGUGAAGGAUGUUACAAAGAAUGUGCCUAGCAAUGCUGUGAAAGGUAUUGGGUUUGAUGCUACAUGUUCUUUGGCUGUGAUGGAUGCAGAAGGAAAUCCUCUCUCUGUCAGUCCUACAGGAAAUAAUGAGCAAAAUGUAAUUCUGUGGCUGGACCAUCGUGCUUUUGACGAGGCAGAGUUUAUCAAUAGCUUGAAGCAUCCUGUCUUGAAAUAUGUUGGUGGCAAGAUUUCACUUGAAAUGGAGACACCCAAACUUCUGUGGCUGAAGAGGAAUAUGAAGGAACAGUGUUGGAAUAAAGCUGAAUAUUUCUUUGAUUUGCCAGAUUUCUUGACUUGGAGAGCCACUGGUGUAGAUUCACGGUCACUGUGCUCUUUAGUCUGCAAGUGGACAUAUGAGGCUCAUCCAAAUGGGAAUAAUGGUUGGAGUGAGGACUACUUCAGGCAGAUUGGGUUGUCAGACCUGAUGGAGCAGAAUUGGAAGAAAAUUGGUUCUGUGGUGAAGGAGCCUGGUUCUCCCUGUGGUAGUGGACUCAGUGAGCAGGCAGCACAAGAAUUGGGGCUGCAGUGCGGAACUCCUGUUGGAACAUCCAUAAUUGAUGCUCAUGCUGGUGGUUUAGGUAUGAUUGGAUGCUCAGCAGGCUCAGUGUGCAAGGAAUUCCAAACCAGGCUGAGUCUGAUAUGUGGCACUUCCACAUGCCACAUGGCUGUGCACAAGGAUGCACUGUUUGUGGAAGGUGUUUGGGGACCUUACUUCAGUGCUAUGGUCCCGGGUUACUGGUUGAACGAGGCUGGUCAGAGUGCCACUGGCAAGUUGAUUGAUCAUGUGAUAGACUCUCACCCAGCCACUGCACAAUUAAAAGCCAAGAUUGGGAAGAAUAUGCAUAUUCAACAAUAUUUGAACAGUGUUCUUGAAAAUAUGGCCAAGAAGAAAGGUGUUGCUUCAGUUUCUAUGUUAACCAGCGAUAUUCACGUGUGGCCCGACUUCCAUGGGAAUCGUUCACCUCUUGCUGAUCCAUCAUUGUUGGGAAUGAUCUGUGGGCUGACUCUGGCGGCAGAUGAAGAGAACUUGGCACUCAUCUAUCUUGCGACCAUUCAAGCUUUGGCUUAUGGCACACUACACAUUAUGCAUGUGCUGUGUGCAGCCAACCACUCGGAUAUUCAGUCACUGCUAGUAUGUGGAGGUCUGAGUCGCAACCCACUGUUUGUUCAGACUCAGGCUGAUGUGGCAAAUCUCCCAGUUCUGUGUCCCCGAGAGAGUGAAUCUGUUCUCAUUGGAGCAGCAAUCCUUGGAGCUUGUUCUGCAGGAGCAUUUCCUGAUGUACAGACUGCCUUGAAGGUCAUGGGAGGUGAAGCUGACAUUGUCAGUCCCAGACACAAGGAACACAGAUAUCAUCAAAAGAAAUACAAAGUUUUCCUUAAGAUGGUGGAACAUCAGAGGGAAUAUAGAGCAAUAAUGUCCCAAGAUUAAAGGCCUACUUCUCUUGGAGUUACAUAUUUGACUGACAAAGUAUGUAUUUUUAUACAAUUUUUUUUAUCAUGGUACAACUUAAAGAUCUGAUUGAAUUGUAUACAUAAGUUAAAAAUAAUAUAUUUAGGCUUUUUUGUGGAGAUUAUAUAUUUAUAUAUAUAUUAUUUUAUCUGCAGUAAUCAUGAAAUUCAUGUGAAAAUGUAAAAUGCAAAAUUCAUGUAAUUGUAAAAACAUGCUCAUUUUAUAUCUUGACCUGACUUGAAAUUGAUACUCUGUUCUCAAAUUUGUAUUUCAAGUCUGAAAACAUCACUGUUAGGACGUUUUCCCAUGUCUCGCAGUGUGAACCAGUCUUAAGACUGAAGAUGAUAUAGGUAAAGCAGACAAACUUGUAGUUGGUGUCUGUUUUUGCAUCCUGAGUGUGUUUAUCCACAGCUUGCACUCAUGAUGGUUUGUAAUGUUAUAUUCACAGUUCAUAUUAUUUUUGGGGUAAUUUCACAAUAUACAGGUCAGACUUAUCAGAUUCACUAUGUUGGUCUAUUCACUUGUAAUACAUUCCAUUCUGGGUGAAUGUAAUUUUAUGACAUUUGAUAUUACAGUGCUUGCUGAAAUGAAUUGCUGAAAUUGAAUGUUGGGCUAAUUUUGAUGUGGACUGUCAUUUUAGAGGUAGAGAAAACAUCACAUAAAAUUUCCAUUGACCAUACAGUGGACUUAUAACAAUACAUUUGUUUUGCAAAGCAACCAUUUGAGAUAUUAUAUGGGUUCAGCAAAAUAAACACAAAAAUAGAA